UUCGUAUACAGGUAUAAAAGGGGGUUCAAUGGUCUUGAUUUCAAAUGAAAUAAAUUCUCAGUUUAAUCUUGCAGUUAUCCCCGUUUAAUAAUAAAAUGAGCAAUUUGACAAAUUACAACGAAGUUUCCAAGGUUUACGACGGUGGAAGAAAGGCUUUUGAUGGCCACGUUCUCAAAAGUACGAUGGAAAACUUCACAGGAAAGAAAUUUCAGGAAAUGGAUAUAAUCGACAUUGGCUCUGGAACAGGAAAUUUUUCCGAAUAUUUUAUUCAAUUUGAGCCGCGAAGUCUGACAUUACUGGAUGCUAGUGAAGGAAUGCUUAACAAGGCUCGAGCAAAAGUGAAAACGCCAUCAAACAAGACUCAGCUGACCUUCAAACAAGCAGUUCUUCCGGAAAUACCGUACCAAGACAAUUCAUUUGACGCUGGUAUGAUCAACCACGUCGUGCAUCAUUUGGAAAAAAAUCCUGAUGGCGAGUCGUAUCCAGUGUUGCUUAAGACACUGAAGGAAGUUUACCGAAUCCUCAAGCCAGGCGGAGUGCUGACCAUUAUAACGGAUACACCAGAAAAUUUGGAAGGAAAUUGGUUUGUACAUCUUGUACCAGGAGCCAUGAAGAAAUGGCAUAAGCUGUUACCCACCCAUAAGCAAAUGAAAGACAUGCUGAAAAACUCUGGAUUUACUUUGAAAUCGGCUUUUAGAUCAUUAAUGAUGUCAUACUUUCCUGCUUAUGGGGACUUGGAUGGACCUAUUCAUGAAUCUUGGAGAAAUUUGAAUUCCUUUUGGGAUGUCUGCACGGAUGCAGAAAUUCAGAACAUGGUCAGAAAAGUGACACAAAUGAAAAAAGAGGACACUCUCCAAAAGUACUUCGAAACUCAUCAUAAAAUUGAUAGUACUGGAGCUUAUGAAAUUUUUGUUGUCAAAAAAGAACUGUAGGUGAUGUUUAAUAAAAAAAAAAUAAUAAAAAAUUUUUUUAAUUUUAAAUUGUCUUGGAGUUUGGACUUCACGCUCACUAUUUAUAUUUUGUUUCAUUGAUAGUUUUUGUAUCUACAAAGAAAAUGAAAUAUAUCUUACU